GUGACAGUGAGCAGAAGCAUAAGGUAUCUCUCAUUCUGUUUGGACUCCUUGUUUACAGAAGAGUGAUGGAGAUGCUAUUAAGCACAAAAGGCAUCACCAUAUGCCUGUUUUUCUUUGUAUUGAGUUUGGCAGCAGCUAUUGAAAUACCAUUAUCAGUUUCCCAGCUUCCAACAAUCACAGAGCAAUCCCACACCCAGGUUGCCUACCCCUUUGAUGAGGACUUCACCAUUAAAUGUGAAGCCAGAGGAAACCCCCAGCCCACCUUUAAUUGGACUAAGGAUGGAAAACCAUUUGAUUUAUCAUCUGACCCCAGGAUAGUCACAUCUAACAACUCUGGAACUUUUGUGAUCCAAAACCGAGGAAUCAUCAACAAUUUCCAAGGGAAAUAUCGCUGCUUUGCAUCCAACCUGCUGGGAACUGCCAUGUCAGAGGAAAUUGAGCUGAUUGUUCCAAGUGUACCAAAAUUCCCCAAAGAAAAAAUUGAGCCUCUGGAUGUGGAGCAUGGAGAUUCUGUGAUCCUGCACUGCAACCCCCCGAAAGGCAUCCCCCCUUUGCAUAUCUACUGGAUGAAUAUUGAUUUGCAGCACAUCCCACAGGAUGAGAGGGUCUCCAUGAGCCUGAAGGGAGAUCUCUACUUUGCCAACGUGGAGGAGAGUGACAGCAGGAGUGACUAUUGCUGCUUUGCAGCCUUCCCCAGGCUCAGGACCAUCGUGCAGAAGAUGCCCAUGACGCUCAAGGUUUCCCGCUCAAAUUUCAUCAAGGAAAGGAAGCCCAAACUGCUGAUCCCUCCUGAAUCUGCUGGCAGUAGCUCAUCAGUCACUGUCAUCAAGGGAGGUGUCCUGCUCCUCGAGUGUAUUGCUGAAGGGCUCCCAACUCCUCAUCUCAGCUGGGUCAAGGUGACAGGAAACAUGCCCAAGGAUGAGCCAGAGACAGAGAAUUUUGGGAAGAUCCUGAAGAUUGACCAAGUGACAGCAGCUGAUGAGGGGACGUACCAGUGCACGGCCAGCAACGCCGUGGGCAGGGCCAGGCACGAGUUCCACGUGCAUGUGGAAGAGCCUCCCCAGUGGCUGAAGAAGCCCGAGGGUGGGGUCUACAGCGUGGGGGCAAACCUGGUGCUGCUGUGCGAGGCCAUCGGGAACCCCGAGCCCAGCAUCCAGUGGAAGCUCAACGGGAUGCCCAUCGAUGGCAGGACCUUCCGAGGGAGAGUCUCCACCAGGGAGAUCAGCCUGACCAACCUGCAGCUGCAGGACAGCGCCGUGUUCCAGUGCGAGGCCACCAACAAGCACGGCACCAUCCUGGCCAGCGCCAACAUCAACGUGCUCAAUAUUGCCCCCCUGAUACUGACCCCAGAUGGGGAAAACUACGCCACGGUUGUGGGUUACAGCGCCUUCCUGCACUGUGACAUCUUUGCCUCACCUGCAGCAGAUGUCAGAUGGACUAAGGAUGACAGCAUAGAGCCCCUUUCAGCAUUUCACUACGAGUUAUACAAGAACGGCACCCUGGAGAUCAGGGACACGAAGAAGGAGGAUUCAGGGUCCUAUGCCUGCUGGGCUGCCAAUUCUGUGGGGAAAAGAGCAAUCACUGCUAAUCUGGAUAUAAGAGAUGCUACAAAACUUGUUGUUACUCCGAAGAACCCCCGAGUGCUGAAAUCACAUUCCAUUUUAUUGAAAUGCCAGGCUGAGUAUGAUUCCCACUUGAAACACAGUUUUAAAUUAUCCUGGAGGAAGGAUGGAGGUGAGCUGCCAGCCAACAGCACAGAAGGUGGCAGGAUAAUUUUGGACAGGGAUACCCUGUUCAUAUCCAGUGUGCUCCUGGAGGAUCAGGGAGUUUACAAGUGUGUGGCCAGCACUGCCCUGGACACUGCUGAGGCCGAGGCACAGCUGAUAGUUCUGGAUGUUCCUGACCCACCAGAAGACCUCCAGCUCUCGGAAAACCGAAACCGGAGCGUUCGACUCUCCUGGAAAGCUGGGGCCAGCCAUAACAGCCCUGUUAAUGAGUCAAUUAUAGAGUUUGAAGAGAACCACUGGGAGCCAGAAACGUGGCAGGAGCUCAUCAGAGUGCCAGGGAAUGACACCACAGCCCUGCUGCCCCUGGCCCCGUACGUGAAUUACCAGUUCCGCGUGGUGUCCGUCAACGCCGUGGGCAGGAGCCAGCCCAGCAAACCAUCCCUGCGCUAUGCGACCCCUCCAGCUGCUCCAGAUAAAAACCCAGAGAACAUCCGAGUAGAAGCUUCUGAACCCAAUGAAAUGGUGAUGAAAUGGGAGCCACUGAAGCCCAUGGAGAGGAACGGGCCGGGACUGGAGUACAAGGUCAGCUGGAGGCAGCGGGGUGUGGAGACGGACUGGAACGAGGAGCUGGUGAAGAAGCACUCCCUGAGCGUGAGGAAUGUGCCCACCUUCGUGCCCUACGAGAUCAAAGUCCAGGCUGUCAAUAAUUUAGGAUCUGGCCCGGAACCGAACAUCACCAUUGGAUAUUCAGGAGAGGAUGUUCCAGAUGCUGCUCCUGCGGGCGUGUCGGUGGAGGUCCUAAACAGCACCCUGGUCGAAGUCUUCUGGGUUGGGAUACCAAGGGACCGAGUUCGUGGGCACUUGAGAGGCUACAAGGUGAACUGGUGGAAAACAAGAAGCAUGCUGGAUGGAAAGAGGCAUCACCCAGAGAAACACUUCCUGACGUUUGUAGGAGAGAGGAACUAUGGGAUGAUUCCUGGCCUGGAGCCCUUCAGUGAAUUCCGCUUGACAGUUUCGGCUUUCACCUCCAGAGGAGAUGGCCCUGAGAGCUCCCCUGUGGUUUUUAAAACUCCAGAAGGAGUCCCUGAACAACCACGUUUUCUCAGGAUCCUGAACUUUGACAAGGACUCAGUCACUCUGGCCUGGGGACUUCCCAAGAAAGCCAAUGGCCACCUCACUGGCUACAUUCUGCAGUACCAGAUAAUCAACGAGACGCACGAGGUGGGCGCCGUGAGCAACGUGAGCGUGGCCAACCACUCAGCACUGAGCUGGCACCUGGCAGGGCUCAGCCCCAGCACCAAGUACAAGUUCUACAUCAAAGCCUGCACGGCCAAGGGCUGCGGGAAGGCGGCCACCGAGGAGGGGCUGACGCUGGCCCAAGGCAGUAAAGGCAGCGGCAGGAUUUCAGACGCAGUAAAGCCCACCCCAAAGUUUCAGCCCAGCGAGGCCCUUGAGCCUGGCACUGAGUACACAAUCCGCCUAGUGACUAAGAACUGGGUGGAUAACAAUAGCAUUUUUGAAGAUGUAAUUGAGACCAGGGGGAGAGCCUACGCUGGCAUUUACGAGGGGAUUUCCACCCAGGGCUGGUUCAUCGGGCUGAUGUGCGCCAUCGCCUUGCUCACCCUGCUGCUGCUGACAGUUUGCUUUGUCAGAAGAAAUAAAGGAGGCAAAUAUUCAGUGAAAGAAAAAGAAGAUUUGCAUCCAGAUCCUGAAGCUCAAUCAAUAAAAGAUGAAAUCUUUGGGGAAUAUAGUGACAGCGAUGAAAAGCCGCUGAAAGGCAGCCUCCAGUCACUUAACGGGGACAUUAAAGCCACUGGAAGUGCUGAUAGUCUGGUAGAUUAUGGAGAAGGGGAGCAUGGCAUGUUCAAUGAAGAUGGUUCAUUUAUUGGAGCUUAUUCUGGAUCUAAGGAAAAAGGAUCAGUGGAAAGCACUGGGAGUUCUACGGCGACUUUUCCUCUCCACGCCUAAAAUUGGUGUUUAAUUGUGGUGUUUGUCCUGGUUAGCUCCCCACAGGUACCUCUGUGCUGGGGAGCUGGGUGCCACUUGAGCCAGUCAGGAAAAUCCUGACAUCCAGGUAAUACAAAAACAAGUCACUGCCACUAAAAGAUGAUUUUUCCAUCCUAAUUUCUGUGUGUUUUCUUCUGAAUAAAACAGAGUAAUUCUUUUUUCUACACGAUGUGUUAGUCUGAGCAAACCAGAGUUUGCUCUGGUGGUACAUCUGUGUCCUUGCCUGCUGCUCCAGGUGUUUCUUAGGCUUGGAAUAUGUUUCUCUGUGUAGUAUUUUUGCCCUGUGUGGCUGUUGUCACAGGUGUGUGUGUAAAAAACCUCGAGGUUAUGGCACCAACAAAACCAGGUUACUCUGCAAAGUGGCACAACGAGGAAAAUCGGGAUUUAAAAUACCAGAGAAAUAUAUUCUAUAUAUUGUAUAAUUUUCUCCUAAAGAAUUAAACCCCUUUGUGUAUGAUAUUCAAAAAACCUGUUUUAGUGGUUACAGCUGACGUCAAUUCCAAUACUUAGAAAUGCAGCUUUACCCACAGGAGAGUGUGGGUGAAGUUGCUGCCCAGUAGCUGGCACUAUUUCCUUAAAUAAGUUAAGCUGCAGCUUUUUCCUGUGGCAAGGCAAAACAGGGUUCCCAUCCACCAUCACUCAAAAUAUUUUUAAUUUUUCCCAGCUGCAAGCUGCAUUUCUAAGCAAACUCCUUGGUGUCUGUCUCAUAUCUGUAUAUUUGUGAGCUAGCCAACAUUUCAUGGAGACGUUGUACAUAUGAUAUUAAUAUUGACACAAGUCCAGAGCAGCCUGGUUUUAUUUUGAACUGAGACAUGUUGCUAGCAUGGGUCUGUAUAGCUGUGUAGGAAUGAGUAGAUUUGCUUCUCAAUAUGGAUUUGGACCAGCAGAAUUAGUUUUCAGAAGGAGUUGUGUGUAUAGGAAUCAUCCAAACCUCUCACCACUCAAGCAGCACCUAAACUAGACCUACCUGAAUUUCAAGAGUUCAUUUCUUUUCAGCCUAUUCACUGUUAAAUAAACAAAAAACAACAAAAGCAACAAGAAAA